CAAAAGUUCAAGCUGUUUGUGAAACUCUAACAUUCCAUUUCUUAGGGUGAGAUCCACGUGAGCCUGCCAUGCCCUAUGCUGAAUUUGUUGCUGGUUGGAUUUCAGGAGCUCUUGGGCUUGUUGUUGGACAUCCUAUAGACACAGUUAAGGUACGACUGCAGACACAAUCUAAGUACCGUGGAAUUCUUGACUGCAUAGUGAAGACCCAUAAGAAAGAAACAAUUUUGGGAUUUUUUAAAGGAAUGAGCUUUCCCGUUGGCAUCGUGGCUGUCAGUAAUUCCCUAAUGUUUGGAUCAUAUAGUAAUGCAUUACUCUAUAUCACUGGCACAGAGUGUAAAGACUGGAAAAAUCCACCACAAAACCAUCAGGUUUUUUUAGCUGGUUGCUUUUCUGGAAUGGUACAGGUAUAUAUUACAGCUCCAGUUGACUUGAUAAAAGUGAGGUUGCAGAACCAGACUGAAUUAUUCCAAAAAAAAGCUAAGUCAGACAAUCUACAGGCUCGGUAUCGUGGGCCUGUUCAUUGUGUUUUGAGCAUAUACAAAGCAGAAGGCAUUACAGGUCUCUAUAGGGGGUCAACUGCACUGAUUCUACGGGAUGUGCCCACUUUAGGAUUAUAUUUCUUAACUUAUGAAGUGCUUUGCAAAUGGAUGACUGGUGAUGGAGAAAUACCAGACCCGUGGACUAUGCUCUUUGCUGGUGGUUGUGCCGGAACACUGUCAUGGGCAGCUGCGAAUCCAAUGGAUGUUAUAAAGAGCCGUUUACAGAUGGAUGGGAUGCAAGGAGUUAGAUAUCGUGGAAUACUUGACUGUAUUUCUAAGAGCAUUGAACAGGAAGGAUUCCGUGUUCUCUGUAAAGGACUCACAGUAAACAGUCUUCGUGCCUUUCCAGUUAACGCAGUGACUUUUCUAAGCUAUGAAAAGCUUCUACAGACCUUAUGAUCAUUCUUUUUACCAACUAUGGUUAAGUUAGUGUCAACAAUUUAUUUUUCUGACAUCAAUUAGUACAAACACAACCUAAUAUAAAAUUCCCCAGAACUCAGCCAAAGAUCUUUAGGUUACAUUCACACGACCGGCUUUUAACGGCCGCCACACAUCUGUUUUAAGAACCGUGGUAGUCCAUGGGGUUAUUCACAUGGCAGGUUUUGACGGCC